UGACUGCGCCCAAGCCCUGAGGGUCCCAUCCCUGCGUCCCGCAUCUCUCAUCUCUCGGGGAAAGCAUGGAGCGCCCAGAGCUGGAGCUGAUCCGGCAGAGCUGGCGGGCGGUGAGCCACAGCCCUCUGGAACACGGCACUGUCCUGUUCUCCAGGCUCUUCACCCUGGAACCGGACCUGCUGCCUCUCUUCCAAUACAACGGCCGCCAGUUCUCCAGCCCCGAGGACUGUCUCUCUUCCCCAGAAUUUCUGGACCACAUUAGGAAGGUGAUGCUGGUGAUUGAUGCUGCAGUGACCAAUGUAGAGGACCUGUCUUCUCUGGAGGAGUACCUGGCCGGCUUGGGCAAGAAGCACCGGGCUGUGGGAGUGAGGCUUGGCUCCUUCUCGACAGUGGGCGAGUCCCUGCUCUACAUGCUGGAGAACUGCCUGGGUCCUGACUUCACACCGGCCACAAAGGCUGCCUGGAGCCAACUCUACGGAGCUGUGGUGCGAGCCAUGAGCCGAGGCUGGGAUGGGGAGUGAGAGAAGAGCCAGCAUCCUCACCUACUUGUCUGUCUGUUGAUCUGUCUGUAGUAGCCUCAGCCCCUCCCCCAGGGUUUCCCUGCACCUUGGCCUCUGUCCCCUUGGCCAUCCUAGAGAGGUGAUGGGAGAGGACUCUGUCUCAGUUCCUGGUCAACUGCAGAGAGGUGGGAUUUUCCCUCCAGAGGGGCCAUUGGGCUCCCCUACUCCCCAUAGGUGCACCCCUGCAUGUCUGGUUAGCUCUCGCCAUGAGACAGAAGUAGUUUGGGUACUGAGGUGGCAUGGGAGUUCUUCUCAGAGAAGCCUCAGCCUACGGCGAGAGUAAAGUGAGUAGGCUUCUAGAACCUUCUACCAGUCUGCUCAGUCUCUCAGAUGCUUUCCUGCCAGGCUGUCCAGGCUGUUUACUUUCCAAAACUGAAGAGAAGGACCAGCUUCAGUGUGGCUGGGGAUCUCAGGCAAGAGGAGCAGGGAAGAUUGUGUUCUUCCGUGGCAGUGGCCCCAAGUCUCAGCUGCUCAGAUGUCCCAUACAAAACUUCCUGUGCCCUUGGUUCAGCAUUUCUGGUAAAAGCACCCCAGUGUUCUUUCUGGGGGGGGGGGGGAAAGAACCAAGCUGGCCAGACAAAACUGAGAGGCUAGUAGGGCAAGGAGGAGUGACCUCAUCCCACAUGGCCCUGAGCUGCAGGACUCUUCCUGCCACCCUAGUCCAGCAGGGCUGAAUCUUGUCUCCCCAUCCUCCUCUGCUCACUUAGCUCCCUCCAGCUGCAGGCGCCCAACUCUGUGUUUAACCCUUGAGGUGAACGCAUGCCUGGGCAGAGAAGCAGGGGAGAUACAGUGGGAAAGGCCUUUGUUCCUGUCCCCAGUCACCCACACUUUCU